AAGGUUCCCCCUCCCCCCUCGCCGCCGUCGACCUCGUCGGCCCCGCGCCAGAUCGGAAUCGGAUCCGCGGUCGCUGUCUCAAGCUUGCGAGUAGCAGUGCCGUCGAUGGAGGCGGCGAGGGGCGCAUCCGGAUUGGCGAGUCCGCGCGGCAAGCAACCGACGGCCUCCAAAGUCCGGGGGGGGGGGGGGGGGAGGAAUUUCGCCCCAAGAACCUCUCCCUGCCGCCGGUCGUCUCCGAAGUUUCCGGACAACGCCGCAAGGCUUGCCCUUUUACACCUCACACUCACCGUCCUCUCUUUCUCAGCCGACGACGAGCCGAUCGAGGUGGCGGAGGGUUAUGCUUCCAGGAUCGAUCUCCUUCGCAAGGUCCCAGUCCUGACGGGCUUUGUAGUUCAAUCUUCUGAUUUCUUUUGCCAACCGAAGGAUUAUCAACUGGUGAAAACAUGGCCGUUUCUGCCCUCAUUGAUUUUGUGACCACUACUGUGGCAUCCCACUUAUGGAAUCCUGUGAUAACGCGGAUAAGAUACUUAACAGAAAAGGAAGAAAAUAUUGUCAAGCUGGACAGCACUGUAAGGAAUCUAGAAGCCAGAAAGCAAGAAAUCCAAAUUCGUCUUAUGAACUCCGAGAGGAAGCAAGAAACAUGUAACCCUGAAGUUACAGAAUGGCUAGAAAAGGUGGCAGCAAUAGAAAGUGAAGUGAAUGAAAUGAAACAUGGGCAAAGGAAGAGAAGGGCACAGUCUUUCGGUUAUUGGUCAAAAUAUGAAACCAGUAUGCAUGCUGCCAAGAAACUCAAGGAAGCUGAGAUGUUGCAUGAGAAGGGAUCCUUCAAACAGGUGUCGAUUGAGGUUCCACCAUGUUCCGUGCAAGAAAUGCCAACUGUACCUUCAACACCAGAAGCAGACUGUAACUUAAGCAGAGUCCUCCAGUACCUCAAAGAUGACAGAGUUGGAAUUGUAGGGAUAUGGGGAAUGGGAGGAGUUGGUAAGACCACUUUGCUCAGGAAAAUCAACAAUCACUUCUUGGGUGUAAUCGAAGAAGUCUAUGGAUAUGACCUUGUUAUACAUGUUGUGGCCUCUAAGGCGUGUGGAAUAGGGCAGAUCCAAGCAGACAUCUCUGAAAAGAUUGGUCUCUUCCUGAAAACAGGCUCCAGCAUUGAAACACGGGCUUCAAUCCUGUUAAGUUUCUUAAGGCGAAAGAAAUUCUUACUCCUGCUAGAUGAUUUAUGGAAUCAUUUGGAUCUGGCAGAAGCUGGUAUUCCAUAUCCAAAUGGCCUGAAUAAACAGAAGGUAGUCAUGGCAACACGUUAUGAGAGUGUUUGUGGACAUAUGGAAGCUCACAAGGUGGUCUUCCUGGAAUGCUUGGACCCGGAGAAAGCUUGGAAAUUGUUCAAACAAAAAGCAACAGAAGAAGUCAUUAAUUCAGAUGCUAGGAUCGCAAAGUUAGCACAUGAAGUUGCAGAAGAAUGUGGCGGCUUGCCCCUUGCUCUUGUAACCAUCGGCCGUGCAAUGUCUACAAAAAAGACUUGUCAUGAAUGGGCACUUGCUUUGUCAUUUCUGAAGAAGUCUCGCAUUCAUGAGAUCCCAAAUAUGGGGAAUGUCAGUCACAUAUACACUAGGCUAAAGAUAAGUUAUGAUUAUCUGCAGAAUAAACAGAUCAAAGAAUGCUUCUUAUGUUGUUCUUUGUGGCCUGAAGAUUACUCAAUUUGGAAAGUUGAGCUCAUAGACUGUUGGAUAGGGAUUGGUUUGAUAGAGUAUGAUAAUAUGGAGGAAGCAUACGACAAGGGUUACUCCAUUAUUGAGUACUUGAAGGAUGCAUGCUUACUGGAGACUGGCUACCUGGAAGAUAGAGAGGUGAGAGUGCAUGACAUCAUCCGAGACAUGUCGCUGUGGAUAUCUUCUGAUUGCACUGGAGAGCACAUGAAAUGGAUUGUUCAAGCAGGGGUAGGACUUCAUAACAUUUCUAACAGGGAUAUCAAAACAUUUAGGUCAGCUAGAAAGAUAUCACUCAUGUGCAAUCAUAUCACUCAAUUCCCUCAAGCCAUGAGCUGUCCGAACCUGCAGUUUCUGUCACUACAGCAGAACUUUCGGCUGAAGGUGAUACAACCGUCUUUUAUAAAUAGCAUAUUAUCCGUGACCUACUUGGAUUUGUCUUGGGUUCCCAUCAAGGAUCUUCCAGAAGAAAUUGGCAGACUGACUGAAUUGCAGUGUCUCAAACUGAAGCAAACACACAUUAAACUAUUGCCUGUGGCUAUUGGGCUAUUAAGAAAGUUGAGGUUCUUGGACUUGAGCUAUAUGGAUUUCUUGGAGAAGAUACCUUACGGUGUUCUUACAAAUUUGUCAAUGUUAGAAGUCCUAAACCUAUAUGGCAGCAGGUAUGCCGGGCGCGAAUCAGAUUUUGAUUCAGAGAACCACAUGGGUUAUGAUGAAUUUAGAGUCGAAGAGUUAUCAGGAUUAACUAAAGAACUAAAAGUUCUAGGAAUAACAACAAAGAAAGUGAGUACCCUACAGAGGCUUUUUGGAAUACCUGGAAUCCGCUUGAGAUGCCUUGGUUUAUAUGAAUUGAAUGGAGAAAGGUCUCUUACUCUUAAUUUACCAGAAAGUAUCGUUGUUCUGAAUGUAAUGGGCAGUGCUGAUUUAAAGGACUUACGCAUUGUUAACAAGCCAGAGAGUUAUGGAGAACGCCUUCCGAGGCUGGAGUUUCUCACCUUUUGGGAUCUUCCUGGACUUGAGAAGAUUAGUAUGGGACAUUUUCAGAACCUUCGUGAGCUUACUGUGGGGAGAAGUUAUCAACUAGUAGACCUGUCCUUCAUUUUAAAACUACCAUAUCUGGAGCAUUUGAAUGUGUCUUGCUGCGAUAAAUUGAAGCGUUUAGUUGAUCUAGAGAAUGUUACUAACAUGGAAGAAAGGUACGAAAUACCUAUUCAGGGAUUUCGUCAACUAAGAAUUUUGCAGUUAAAUUCGCUGCGAAGCUUGGGCAGGUUAUGUAAUCCUAAAUUGGAUUUUCCUUCUUUGGAAUACAUUAAUGUGUUUGCUUGCCCGAAGAUGAAGAAACUACCUUUUGGGCCAAUGGGUAAACUGAAGAGGAUCAGAGGGGAGCAAACAUGGUGGGAUAAUCUCAAGUGGGAAGACGAAAGUAGUUCCUUGUCACUGUUGCCAUUUUUUAAAUCAUCAGAAAUUUGCUCGGCAUCCUUUAGGCCAGAGUUAGAUACUACAGUGAUAUCCUCCUCGCCAAAAGCUUUCUUCACCAAAAGGCAGCCCAUAUUGAAUUCAUCAAUACGGUUCACAUCAUAUCCGCAAUCAGUUUUUGAAACAGAGGAGUUCGAUGGGCAUAUGAUGCAAUAGUUUCACCAAUCUUGUCUGUCAAUACUUCUCCAGAACAACACACUGUGUUUCAACAACUGCUCAAGAUAUGGUGGCUGGUCCUUGGGACAAUGAGGAAAUGGUAAAUCCUCUUCAAGGAAGAUGCUCGUGGAAUUCUCUCAGAGUGUCUUGUGUACUCAAGACCCCUUUCCAGAUCAUUGUGGGGUGAGGGUGUUUUCAGUCAAGUUCUGCUCAUCAAACUGAAUCUGAGAGGAACUCCUGUUGACAAUAGCGCAUCGCUGGCUCCUACCUCACCUCCCAAAAGCCCAGGGAAGUGGUUGGUCAGGCAUUCGAUACCCAGCCCAGUCAUGGCGCUAGAGCUGCCUUGCUCUCCGGUCCAGCCCGAGAAGAAACUCAAGAGGCCCUGGGGUGAUGCAUACCUAUGCUGGCAAGGUGGAGAUUAGCGCUGGACUACAGAAUGUGCAUGGUUCCUGGCUGCCUGAGUAGCAUUCUUUACAUGUCUCCCUAAACUGCUCUGUUUUCGAGUAGUUGCUCCAUCUGUAAUAAAAUUAGAUGGAUUGUGACUUUUACAUUUCCUUCGUUUGUAGCUUUUGCUGGACAUGCUCUGCAUGAUGUAUCAUCUGUUGCUCUGGUUUCAUUCAUGAAAUGGACCGGAGGCCAUUUGCCCUCCUGAUAGUCUAAAAAACCGUUACGAAAUGUAAGGUGCGCCAUUUGAGUAAAGCUUACCAUUAGUUGCCGAA